AUGUACGUUAUCAACCCGGCACCCGCAUCGCAGGACCUUCAAGCCACCGCCAGUACCUACACGUCACCGGUUGUCUCACACCACCGUCCGGAAAGUCCCGGAACGCUCGAGCAGCAGCAGCAGCGCAAAGACAUCCUCAGCCAAAUACUGACAAAAUGCAACGCCGACAUGUCGGAGCAGGCGGCCAAUUUUAGCAGCCCUGGCGAGCGAACCCCGCCUCGGUCAACGCCUGUGGCCGUGAAGGAAGAAAAGACAGGCGCACCUCCAUCGCCGACGGCUUCCGAUGUGUCCUGUCAGGCCGGGAAGCAGGCUUCGUCCUCGGAGGUGAAACCAUCUCCUCCGGAUAGUGCUCGAGGCGAGGCCAGAUCACCACUGGCCUUGAAUCGAAGCGCAUCACCCGAUGGAUCGCCUCUGUCCACGACGAGCUCCUCCAAUGUGGCCUCCCUGUCUCCGGCGUCGUCGUCGGCGGCUGAGCUGCCCAAGACGGAACCGGUGGCCCUUUCCGUGUCGUCUGUGGCCAAUUUCUCCAGCGUUGUGCAUCCGAAGGAACGAGCCUUGAAGUCGAUUGCGGCGGCUGCCGCAGCAAACGAGCGAAACAGCGCCAGCAACGGUGUUGCAGGAGGUCCACCGGAAGGGCCAGUCGUUACACCGGGAAAACCCGUGUCGAAAUACACGCCUGUCGGUGGUUCUUCUUCCGGUGGUGUUGGUGGAGGCCGUACGAUACCGAAUGGUGGAACGCCGAGUACUCCAACCGGUGCCGGUGGUGGCCAUGGUGGCAGGUGGCAGUUUUUUAAAGAUGGAAAGUGUAUCCUGGUACUGGCCCGUGCAAGGGAAGGCGAAAAAACCAGCUGGAUCUCGGUUCCACGGAAAACCACCUUCUGGCCACCAACGGUUUCCUCGACCAGUGCCAAUUUCCACAAGCACGAAAGCUCGACUUCGUUAAGCUUUUCUGAUGAUAACAGCUCCAUCCAAUCGUCACCUUGGCAGCGAGAUCACUGCUGGAAGCAGGCGAACCCACGGCCCAAUAUAUCUCGCGAGCUAUCCCUAUUCUACUUCCGACCAGCGAACUCACGCAUCCGAGUGACACGUGAAAUCUGCACCUGGCUCCGACGCAAACGCCGUCGACCGUACGAACCUUCCCUACCACCAGACACGAAACCCACCGCCGAUACGCCCGUAACCAUCAAAAAGGAAAAGAAUUCCGACACGGAGGAACCGGCCACGUCCGGUGGAAAUGAACGUCCUGCUGCCGAAAGCCCACCGAAGUGCAAUGGCGUGUCACCGAUGGACACGUCGGAACCCAGCUCCGGGUCGGUGGAAAAAAGCGAAGACGAUGGUUCGGAAAACCGGAAAGACGUUAGUCGCAACGGUCCCACGGAAGACGACUACAAGCACACCAACGGACACCAUCCGCUGACGAAUGGUGGAUCGUCGCAUCUACGCGCCUCUCGGCGGAAACGGCCCGAGGGAAAGGACCUUAGCGCGAUCGUUCAAAUGCUCACCGAGCAGCAGCAACAGCAGGCGAGAACCGCGAACAGCAGUGCAUCCGUGGCCUCCUCGACGUGCGUUGGUCCUUUUCGGUUGGGAACGAUAGCGGAUCGGGGUAGCAACGGUACGGGGUCCUUUCGCGGAUCCUUGUUUGCAAGCACGUCCGCAUCGCAACACGUGUCCCCUCGGAAGCGGAUCCUGCGAGAGUUGGAGAAGGUUUCGCUGGAGGAUGGAGCUAGCGGUGGCAGCAACAGUACGAAGAGAUCUCGUCCUAAAUCCGGUGGUGCCACAGGAACACCGGUUAUAGUGACGGCGACAACCGCGACGCCGCUGUCCACCGUUACGACAAAUGGAGCUGGAAGUCCCCUUAACGGUGCCUCUGGUGGCAACAGUAGCAGUAGCAGUAGAACGAAUGGCCACGUAAACGGUGCGGGUUCAAUCGUGAACGGUACGGCGGGAAAGCAUCUAACAAAUGGUGCAGCGAGUAGCUCGUCUAUUUCGAGUCAUCCUUCCACGGUACCGGCACCGGUUUCGCGGCCUUUCAGCAGCUACAGUAUAAAUUCCCUCUUGGGACACAGCAGUAGCAGCAGCAGCGAGCCGUCCUCGUCUGUGGGAUCUGGUUCCGCAUCGGAAGCGCGAAAAGCGGACGCUUCGGUGGCAUCGGUCACGUCAACAGCUAGUCAUCAUCUUUAUCAUCAUUCGCAGCAACCACUGCCCCAUCAACACCACCACCCGCUGUCACCACACCAGCCGUAUCACUCGCCGUAUCUCGGCAAGGAACCGUUAUCCGGUGGCUCGCGAUCACCCACGAUGAUCGAUCCGCAGCACUAUUCGGGUCAGUUGGGAUCGAACCGGUACGGUGGUUACGGUGCCAAGAAGCGUUCGCCCAGCUACGGUGGCGGAAAUGGUAGUGCCACCUCGCCAGGAGCAACAUCCGGUGGAAGCGGCAGUGCCGACCCACCAUAUGGUGGCACGAUCCGGUCGCCGGAUCUUAGUCCUAGUCCCGAACAUCAUGCACAACACGCGCUGUCGCAUCAUCCGCAUCAUUCCGCGCAUCCGGCUCAUCAUGGCCAGCAUCAUGGCGGUCCGUCGGGGUCAGCUUCCAGUGGGUUCACCCGUUACCGCCAGCAUCCGUACGGGGGAAGUCCUAGCAGCUUUUCCUCAGCGCCUUCGUCCUCUCGGUUUUCGCCCUCACCCAGCACGAACGAUUCCACGUCGACGCCACCGUACUCGGGAUCGGUCGCUGGUGCCGGAGGGACACCGGGAGGUGCGAGGACGUCAGCGACCGGAUCCUACCGUAGCGCGUACCAUCUAGGCGGGCAACAAGGACAUUCUCCACCUGCAAGUAACGGCUCACCGCAACACUAUUCACGAGCGUCUCCACUCAACUUUGGCCGCACGGUCCAACAACACUCCUCUCCACCACCACCACCGGGGCCGCAUCAUCAACAUCAUCAUCAUCAUCGUGGUGCUGCUGCUGCUGCUGCUUCGUCAUCACCCCGUUCCUCACCAAGUGGCAGUAGCAAUGGGGGAAGCGGCGCGACCACAACGAGUCACGUGGCCACAACACCUACAUCCGCCAUGGCAUCACUGUCCACGGGGACCUCGAUUCGGACGGUGCCAAAGAAGACGGCGGCGUUGCGCCAACCGUUCUCCGGUGGCCACUCUCCGUCUGCCGCGUCGUCUCCUUCACGCGAACGUUCCAACUCAAACACAUCCAACUCGUCGGUGAAAAAGGAAUCGAAUCCCGACGGAGUCGAUUCGGUCGACGGUUCGUUGCUGAGUGGCCACGGCCACUACGGUGUCCCAUCGUCGUCAGUGUCGUCCCACUCGCCCAGUGGAGGAGUGAUCCGACCGAGCACGGUAAUCGCUUCACCGACCUCGCACCAUCCUGUUGCGAAUCCCUUCUAUCCCCUCUAUCCGGCACAGCUGGCCGCUUCGACCGCGGGGUCAUCCAUGAAUGCGGCCGCCGUAGCUGCCGCUGCCGCAGCUGCAGCUGCCGCCUCGUCCGUUCCUUUCCAUCCGGCUUCGUUGUCGUACUACCAGCAAAUGUACACGGCCGCUACGAUGGCUGCGUACAGGGCUCCGCUCUGGAUGCAUUAUCCUGGAUUGCCACCGGUGGCCACUCCGCACGCACCACCACACCUGGUACAGCCACAUCCACCACCGCCACCACCACCUUCCGCUUCUUCGGUACCGACCUCGACCGGUCUCGCGGCUGAUCGACGGAUCGAUCGCAUCCCGGUCGGUUCCACACCUGCAGCUCCACCGACGUCCGUUGCUGCGGAUUCGCUGGAAACACAUCGCACACAACAUUCCAGCUUAGCCACGCCAAGUUCGGCGGCCGCCCUUAACUACAGCGUGACCGCACUCACCUCGUCCUCGCGCGCCACCGUCAAUGGUGACAGCGCGUUCAGCUUCCCACCCGGUUCGAACUGGCCCUCGGGUGGAGGUGCAGCAUACCAGCAUCAUCAUGCGACCGAUCAUUCCAUUGCUGCUGCGGCUGCUGCAGUCUCGGGGACGGCUGCAACCGUCAAAGAAGAGCCCAGCAACGGUGAGUGCGCGCUAGAAGGGCUGCGAUCAUAUGUCCCUCUUAAUCUGUCCAAGCAUUAA